GUGAUGUCAGGUGGGUGGGGACACAAGACAUUGGAGAUGCUAGGGGUUGGAACAGCCAACUGGUGGAGCAACUGUGGGGGGAGAUUUUUUAAUUUUGGUAAAUAUAAAUUGAACUUAAAUACUCAGCAGGUCACGCAGCAUCUGUGAAAAGAGAAACAAAUCCGCCUUGAGUUUGAGGCUGAAAUAUAGAUUUCCACUAUAAUUUGCAGGGUGGAUGUUUCUUUGCAGUAACCAAAACUGCAUGUGGAAAUAAGAAACAUUUGUCUGAUUGGACUUGUGCAGAUAUUAAAGUUGCCCGAGCUACGAAUUGGGUCAUUUGGAUUUGAAUAAUUAAAAGAAGAAUCGGACAAAGGUGCAAAAACUAGAUACUAAUGAAUGUGCGGCAGAAUGUAAACAAUUGAGGUGUUAAACUAAUCUGCCCGAAGAGGAUUGGCAUUAGAAGAUUCAAACCUACUGCCCAGCACUGGAGAUUUGCCCUAAACAGAUUGUGUAUGACUUAAGACUACAAUGCUUGCGUUUGUUUAUAAUCCUUUUUUAAUCUCCUUCCAGACAGAAGACAGUAAAUAGUUAGUUGUACGUUCAACCUUUUCAAAGGUUUUUUUUAAACUGUAAAAUACUGGAGAUCUCAAUCUGGCAUUUGAUUUUUGUAACACAUUCAUUGUAAGGCUUCCUUGCGAGGAUUUUACUUUUUCAAUCCCAUUGCUCAGAAUAAACAAAUCAGUCGGAGUAAAGCAAUGGAAGAUGAGGUUGAUUCAGAAUAUCCUGAAACCCCAAAGUCUUUCCACCAUCAACAGAGCUUGUUGGAAUAUUCUCCAGGACAAAGACAUCCAUCAUCCUAAACAUUAAUUCUCUCCUCUGACAGUGAAUGCCUUGUGACACAUUUACAACAUGCCAUGCCGUUAUAUGUCCAAGGAAUUCCAACAUCUUCCAAACCUUCAACCUUUACCGUCAGCUUAGGCCUUGGUUUGAAUCUUGGGCAUAUAAACACUGAAGGUUUACCGCCAUCACAAACAUAUUGAUUUGGUCUUGCAUCUUACUGAACUAACACUUUAUCUUCAAGACAUUGGAGCACUUUUAAUGAAAGAAAAAAUUAAACUGCUCAUGGAACACAAUGUCAAGCAGCAUAUAUUGGAGGAAAAUGGGCAGGCGUUGUUUUGGGUUGGGACUUAUCUUGGGUCAAGAAGAUUAGUUUAGUUUAGUUUAGAGAUAUAGCGCAGAAAUAGGCCCUUCAGCCCAACAUGUCUAUGCUAACCAGCGUUCCCCAUAUACUAGCACAAUCCUACACACACUAGGGACAAUUCACAACUUUACCAAGCCAAUUAGCCUACAAAUCGGUACGUCUUUGGACUAUAGGAGGAAACUGUAGCACCCAGAGUAAACCCAAGCAGGUCACGGGGCGAAUGUACAAACUAUGUACAGACAGCACCCAUAGUCGGGAUCGAACCCAGGUCUCUGGUGCGGUAAGGCAGCAACUCUCCCGUUGAGCAACCAUGUCUCCCAGAUAAACAUCAUCUGUCAAAUCUCUCCACAGAUAUUGCUUGACUUGCUGAGUUCUUCUGGCACUUUGUGUUUUGCUCAUGGUAGUUUAUUGUCUAUUUGGUUUGCUUUAGUUUAUCAUGUAUCAACAGUGAAAAGCUUCUGUUUGCAUGCUAUCCAGUAAAAUCACUUCACCAUAUAGGUGAGUACAAUCAAGCCAUACUCGGGUCCAACAGACAGUGCAAAGAGAAAAAUACCAGAGUACAGAAAAUAGUUAUACAGAAUUGUAGCGUAACAGUUACAGAGAAAAUGUCCAGUCUGAAAAAGGUAUUGACCCGAAACAUUACCUCUCCAUGUCCUCCGGAGAUACUGCCUGACCUGCUGAAUUACUCCAGCAUUUUGUAUCCUUGAUUAUAUUGUCUACUUUCCUGAGGCAGCAUGAAAAGUAGAUGUAGUCUAUGGUGGGAAGCUGGUUUGUUAGAUGGACUGGCUUACAUCCACAACUCUGCAAUUUCUUGUGCUUUUGGGCAGACCUGUGGCUGACCGCCGCCAGGACCCACGUAUAGACAGCUUGGCCAGGCCCAGGAGCAAACAAACCAGGACAUUGAGAUGUGAGUCUUGGGUUACACCAGUCCCAGGUGAGCACCCCAGUUUGAGCCACACACUGUCCCCAGCAGGAGCGGACAAACUGGGUCACUGCUCAGCUGCAAACCUGGGCAGACAGUGACCCCUGGUGGUGAGGUGGCAGUAAAAGUGCAAGGCAGAGGGUGACCGUCACACCUGAUGUCUUUCAGGCCCCCUGAAGAGAACCUCUCUCUCGGGGUGGAAGAUGCCUGUGCUUGGAUUCCUUAAUGUGCGGUGUGUCCACACACAAAUGUGUUACAUCCUGCAGCAAUACAUGGUCAUCAGCUACCAUGUUUACUAUUAGACUACAUGUAUGAUAGACAAUGCUCCUUCUCUUCCCAAGUACUAACUGACUACAGUUACCCCCUCCCCCAUCACCUCAUUAAUCCUCCACCAGAUCCACAGGCACACUUCAGAGGGACAGGGCCAGCUUACUUGGGUGAACUUGUCAGUCUGUUUACUGAAUGUCAGCAAACUGCCAAGUCAUUGAGAGCAAAGGAACAGAAGAUCAAUCAGCCCCUCAUUUAACUCCAGGAGUACACCUCAUGCCCAUUUUUUUGCUGUCUUGAACAUGGUAUCUUGAACAAAACACAAAGUACUGCAGGAAAUCAGUGGAUCAGGCAGCAUCUGGGGAGGGAAUGGACAGACAUUUGUUGAGACCCUUCUUCAGCAUGUCUGCCAUAGUUUAACUUGGCACAGACAUUGUGGGCUGAAGGACUUGUUCCUGAGAUAUGUUGAGGCUCCGUCUACUCUUGCGUGGAUGUGGAAGGGCAGUGAUGUCUUUGAGUGUGGAGCAUGUUGGCGAUCACAAAGGCACAAUGGAAAUUCAAUAUUUUUCCCAAAACUCCUUCAGCUCAAGUUUACUCUUUGCCAUUUUGACUCCUUGUUGCACUGAAAUUAAAAUGCUCCUUUAGAUUCUAAACCCAGUUGAAUCCAGAUGGGCGAGUUGGAGCGAAUUAUCAAUUUCCAUGCUGUAUAGGUUUACCUCAUCGAUAGUUUAGCCAAGCAUGGUCUGUGAAAAUAGUCUUAACUUUGUCAUAAAGGCCCUUAGUACUGGCAGCGGUGGCACUGGCUUGGAGUUGCAAGGUUGACUUGGCCUGGCCGUGUUAUGAUGUCCUCUACUGCUGCUUCACUGCUCCAAACCACUGCAGGCCACGUCUGAUCCAUGCGCUCGGCCCCUUGGAGUGGUGCCUGAUCUAAUCGCGCCCCAGGCUCCUGUAGGGCCUCCAGUGGCCCACUCCACUGACGUGUUGAUCCGGAGGCUUCAACUUUUGAGCUUCAUCCCUCACCUCAUACGGCCACUGUUCAUACACUGGACUGGGGACCCGGCCCACAACAAACCUUGGAGCAUCUAGAGGACCACUGAGGGCGCAGGAGGCAAGGCCCCAGCCCGCAUACUGGCAUGUCGUUUUCUGCGACCACCGCCUUCUUGAAUGAUUUGGGUUUCUGGCUGGUAAGUAAUAUUCACACCACAGAUAUUAAGUAAUGACAAUUUCCAACAAGUGAGUCUCACCACAGAUCCUUGCUAUUCAAUAACACAACCUUUACAGAUCUCUCAUCAUCAAUAUCUUGUGCAUCACCAUCGAAUAGAAUCCCUACCGGACCAGCCACAUAGAUGCACUGGUUGCAAGAGCAGGUCGGAGGCUAGCAAUCCUGUGGUGAGCGACUCACCUCCUGGCGCUCCAAAACCGUUCAUCCAUCAACAAGACGCAUGGCAGGAUAGUCUGCUCUCCACUUGCCUGGAUGAUUGCAGUUCCAAAAACAUUCAGGAAGCUCGACACUACCCAGGCCAGUAUCAGCCCACCUGAACCAGCAGUCCAUCCCUUCCCUUGACAUUCAUUCCCUCGUGUAGUGUGCAACACCUGAAAAAUGUUCUGCAUUCAUUUGCCCAAGAUGCUCCAAUGGCUUUGGUAAAGGUUGUAAAUUGGCCCUAGUGUGUAGGAUUGAGUUGGUGAUGAGGACCAGCACAGCAGGUGCAGGGAACACCACCGCCACUAGGCUCCCCUCAAACCACGUACCGUUCCGACUUGGAAAUAUAUGCUCGUAAAUCUAAAUCCUAGCACUCCCCAACAGCACCGUGGGAGCACCUUCACCUCAUGGACUGUGGUACCUCAAGACAGCGGCUCACUUCCUUAGCUAAAUAGAGAUAGCAAUAAAUAUGAUGCCCAGAUCUCAAAAUGACUAAAAAAUAAACUCCUCCCCAAAACAGGGAAUUCAGUAAGUGUUGACUCAUGAGUUGGCAACUGGCUAAGGUCAGCUCUCCACACCUACUUCAAUCUUUGCCAAUCGCAUCACAGUUUUCCAAACCUCCAGCUACUCAUCAAUAUUCAGUUACUGGUGUCAGAGAGAGCGAUGGAGGGAGAAAGGUAAAGAGGGAAUGCUAAAGAGCUCCAACGCUGAACACUAACGUAGCACUAAAUUCUGCAUUCUGAUAUUUAUUUUUCUGCACUACCUGUUGUACUUGUGUAUUACCAAGAGGAAGACAGGCAAACCGACAAAGAAUGGAGACAGAGUUAGAAAGAUAGACGCACAGAGAGAGAGAGAGAGAGAAAUAAAGAGAAACGGGAACAAAGAAAGGAUAAGUCGACCUUUCUAAAUGGGCGACUCCUUUUUCUGUAACAUGACCUCCUAGUUAUAGAUAUCCACACUGGGGACCUUGUGUUCUUUACAUGCACCCUAAAGUUCCCCUCAGAGCCUGACAUGUUUCAAUAAAAUCAGAGUUAGAGUGUGGAAAUAGGCCCUUCACCCCAACUAGCAUACACCACCCAACAUGUCCCAUCGACACUAGUCCCACCUGCCUGCGCUUGGCCCAUAUUCCUCUAAACAAAUCCUAUCCAUGUACCCAUCUAAAUAUUUCUUAAAUGUUGUGAUCGUACCUGCCUCAACUACCUCCUCCAGCAGAUCGUUCCAUUCACCCACCUCCCUUUGCAUCAAUAGGAACCCUCGGGUUCCUAUUUCUCUCCUGUCAUCUCACAUUCUUCUCAACUCCAAUGUGUUCAGGCCCAAACUAUCAUCGUUUGACAAUCUCUUUGUCCCAGGAAUUGACUGGCUUAAUCUUCUCUUCAUCACCUCCAAUGCAAGAACAUCCUUAACCACAGAUCGGGCACUGAAGGUACAGGAAUCGGAGAACCGUGAUCACCAGCUUGAACCGUGAUUACCAGCUUCUUCCCAACAGAUAUCAGGCUCUUGAACACUACACAACACUAACAUCAACUAUGAACUUCUAUGGAUAGUCUUUGGUUUUGUACCAAUGACAUCUGGAGGGGGGGAGGGGGGGGGGAAGAGUUGCACUGGUAUUUAUGGUUUUUCAUUUAUUGAACUUUUAUUUAUAUAUUAUAUAUUAACUAUGUGUGUUGUGUUUUAAGGUGUUCUGCUGCAUGUGAGAAUUUCAAUGUUCCAUUGUCAGUACCUAUGACAAUUAAACACUUGACUCUGAACCCGAGGAGCAGUCUCACCUGUGAAAUAGCUGCAACUCUCCCCUACUUCGCAGUGUUCAAUCAGCUCUCUUGUAUACUCAUGUGCUAACUUCUUGUGUCUCACUCACUGUCCCCCAUUUCCCAUCUUGCAGUUUCAUUCAGUUUAAAUAAAAAAUGUUCUUUCUCACUCUUCUUUCCAAAGUGCAGAACCUAUCAUUUUUCCACAUCACACCCCAUCUGCCAACUCCUUGCCCAAUCACCGACUCUCACCGAUCCAUAUCCCACCAUCUGCUCUUUUUACCCACACAACAUGCAGAUCUUUGUGAAUUUAGAAGCACUGAUACUUGUGGAUGGAGAGGGAGAAGUAGAGAAAUAAGCCGUCAUGAAAGUGGAAUCAAACUAACCCCACCCCCAGCUGAGAGUCACAGGAAUGCAAACAUGGCUUCAGUGUAUCAUAAUUAAUGAAAGUACUUUUUUAAAAAAAGCGAUCCUUUCAAAGCAGCAAUUAUCCUAAAUGAAUGGAAAGAAAGAUUAUAGUCCCAGGCGAGCGAGCUCGUCUAAUAUGAUGCUAAGCCGCUGCACCUUUAUAAAGAGGGUUUAACAAACUCUCUGAGCGCCCACCGUGGACUAUGGUCAGUUAAGCCAGCUCCACAGAGUGAGGAGAACUGGCAGCAGUGGAUUCUGCUCCAAUGGCUCCUGCUACCCCUCACAACGGGACCGUUGGUGCUUUUGAGGGCCCCCAAUGGCCGCACUACGCCUCAAAGAGCACCUACAUGGUGGUGGCCACGCUGAUGGGGCUGGUGGUCUUCCUGGCCUCCUUUGUCAAUGGCCUGGUGAUCCUGGUGUCUCUCAAGUACAAGAAACUCCGUUCACCCCUCAACUACAUCCUGGUCAACCUGGCAGUGGCCAACCUGAUGGUCACUUUCUUCGGCAGCACGGUCAGCUUCUCCAACAACAUCCACGGCUACUUCACCCUGGGGGAGACCAUGUGUCAGUUCGAAGGUUUCAUGGUGUCUCUGACAGGUAUCGUGGGGCUGUGGUCGCUGGCGAUCCUGGCCUUCGAACGUUACGUGGUCGUCUGCAAACCCUUGGGUGAUUUCCGCUUUCAGCAGCGGCACGCGGUCUGGGGCUGCCUCUUCACCUGGCUCUGGUCACUGGUCUGGACGGCCCCGCCUCUGUUCGGAUGGUGCAGUUACGUUACUGAGGGACUGCGCACGUCCUGUGGACCAAAUUGGUACACGGGUGGGACCAACAAUAACAGCUACGUGGUGGCCCUCUUCGUCACCUGCUUCAUGAUGCCCCUGAGCCUGAUCAUCUUCUCCUACUCCAGUCUGCUGGUGGUCCUCCGAGCCGUCGCUCAGCAACAGAAGGACAGCCAGAGCACGCAGCGCGCCGAGCGAGAGGUGUCCCGCAUGGUGGUCGCCAUGGUGAUGGCCUUCCUGGUCUGCUGGUUGCCCUACACCACCUUUGCCAUGGUGAUUGCAAUUAAUAAGGACAUCGUGAUUCAGCCCACCCUGGCCUCCAUGCCUUCCUACUUCUCAAAGACCGCCACCAUCUACAACCCCGUCAUUUACGUCUUCAUGAACAAACAGUUCCGGACAUGCCUGGUGACCACCCUGUGUUGUGGCCGUGACCCGCUUGGCGGCAGCGAGGAGACCAGCUCCGGCUCCGCAGCCGGCAGCAACACCAAGACCAUCGACCUGUCCGAGAGGGGCGGCAACAGAGUCUUGCCGGCCUGACGACCGGCCAAUCGUACCGGCCGCAUAGAGCCUGGCCGCCAUGGUCAAGUGGGGCUGAAUGGCCUGUUUGCGUGCUGUCCGACUCUAUACUCUGACCCCUCCCCGUCCGUCUUCGACUUCCAAUUCAAGUAAUACCCUCUACCCUCUCCCCCUGUGCAGUGUCCCCACCUGGCACGCUCCCAUUUCCCCACCAUCUAUCACUCCCCCUUAUUCACACACCCUACUACUUUCCUCUCCUUCAUAGUUAUUUCCGAGUCCCCCUUUUCCCUUUCCCCUCACCUGUAACCACCUAUCAUGUGGUUAGUCCUGCACCCCCAUCCCUCUCUUUUUCAGAUUUCUCUCCUCGGACAGAUGACUUUUCUGGCCAGGACCCUUCUUCAGGCCCGAAAAGCCAUCUGACCAUUCCUUCCACAGAUGCUGCCUGACCGGCUGAGUUCCUCCAGUACUUUCUGUUUUGCUCGAGAUUCCAACAUAUGCAGUCCCUUGUAUCUCCAUGUGGAAACGUCUUCAGUCAUCAGCCGCCUCAUACCCACAAAACCAGAGUGGAAACAAGUCAGCCCUGACCCUGAGGCACUGCCUACGAAGAGAAGAAGAAUAUAACUCGAGUGGGACGUCUUUACUCAUACACUCUUUUUAAGAAAGGUGGGAGAGAGAAAACAGGGAAUUAUAGACCAGUUAGCCUGACAUCGGUGGUGGGGAAUAUGCUGGAGUCAAUUAUAAAAGAUGAAAUAGCAGCACAUUUGGAUAGCAGUAAUAGGAUCGGUCCGAGUCAGCGUGGAUUUACAAAGGGGAAAUCAUGCUUGACUAAUCUUCUGGAAUUUUUUGAGGAUGUAACUAGGAAAAUGUACAAGAGAGAGCCAGUGGAUGUAGUGUACCCGGACUUUCAGAAAGCAUUUGAUAAAGUCCCACAUAGAAGAUUAGUGGGCCAAAUUAGGGCGCAUGAUAUUGGGGGUAGAGUGCUGACAUGGAUAGAAAAUUGGUUGGCAGACAGGAAAGACACAGUAGGGUCCCUUUCAGAAUGGUAGGCAGUGACUUGUGGGGUACCGCAAGGCUCGGUGCUGGGACCGCUGCUAUUUACAAUAUACAUCAAUGAUUUAGAUGAAGGGAUUCAAAGUAACAUAAGCAAAUUUGCAAAUGACACAAAGCUGGGCGGGUGUGUGAACUGUGAGGAGAAUGCUACGAGAAUGCAGGGUGACUUGGACAGAUUGGGUGAGAGGGCAGAUGCAGUUUAAUGUGGAUAAAUGUGAGGCAGCAAAAACAGGAAGGCAGAUUACUAUCUAAAUGGUGUCAAGUUGGGAAAAGGGGAAGUACAAUGGGAUCUAGGGGUCCUUGUUCAUCAGUCAAUGAAAGUAAGCAUGCAGGUACAGCAGGCAGUGAAGAAAGCAAAUGGCACGUUGGCCUUUAUAGCAAGAGGAGUUGAGUAUAGGAGCAAAGAGGGUUCUUCUGCAGUUAGGGCCCUAGUGAGAUCACAUCUGGAGUAUUGUUUGCAGUUUUGGUCCCCUAAUUUGAGGGAGUGCAGCGUAGGUUUACAAGGUUAAUUCCCGGGAUGGCGGGACUGUCAUAUGCUGAGAGAAUGUAGCGGCUGGGCUUGUAUACUCUGGAAUUUAGAUGGAUGAGAGGGGAUCUUAUUGAAACAUAUAUGAUUAUUAAGGGUUUGGACACGCUAGAGGCAGGAAACGUGUUCCCGAUGUUGGGGGAGUCCAGAACUAGGGGCCACAGUUUAAGAAUAAGGGGUAAGGCAUUUAGAACGGAGACGAGGAAACAUUUUUUCUCACAGAGAGCUGUGAGUGUGGAAUUCUCUGCCGCAGAGUGCGGUGGAGGCCGGUUCUCUGGAUACUUUCAAGAGAGAGCUUGAUAGGGCUCUUAAAGAUAGCGGAGUCAGGGGAUAUGGGGAGAAGGCAGGAACGGGGUGCUGAUUGGGGAUGAUCAGCCAUGAUCACAUUGAAUGGCGGUGCUGGCUUGAAGGGCCGAAUAACCUACUCAUCUAUUGCACCUAUUGUCUAUUGUCUGUUGUCAUUCAGAUCCUCUUGCAAUAAAGGUCAACAUACCAAACGUUUUCUCAGCUGCCUCAGUGCCUGUAUAUUGGCUUUCACUAACUUGCAUAAACAUUUCCAACUCUCAAUAUUUAAAAAAUAUUAGUCUAAGUGGGAACCGUUGGGUCCCUGUCACAUGGGAGGCCUGGUCCCCCAACGCAACCCGUUCCCGCGCGCAAUAUUCCAUCACCCAUCCAUUCCCCCAAGGCAACCCGUUCCCCCA